GUUUUUUUAUCAAUAAUAAUUUAUUCAGAUAACAUUAUAAUUUUAAUGAUUUAUGUUACGAAAUAUGUGAAACUACUUCAGUCUGGUGAUAGGUGCCUAGAAAACAAAACUCUCCAGGCAUGCAAAUCCACAAAACUAUCCUCCUAGCAUUCUUGCUAGUAAGCCAUAGAACUUUCGCCUAUUUCGGUCCAGAAUUCGAAUUAUGGAGCCCAAUGGACCAAAAGCUGCGUGCUACAAACGGUUUCGUUCUACCAAAUACAGCCAGACCAUCGUUUUAUGACCUCACAUUGGGAGUGUACGUCGCUGGAAACGAUCAAUAUAUGACAGGGGUGUUGGUAAUAACGCUUGACGUAGACGAUCAAUAUGGAAAUGGCACCAAUAGGUUAUACUUAAAUAUGGCCAACCCUUGGGAUGAAAUAAAUGAGAGCACCAUAUUGUGGAACGAUAAUAUGUCUUGUGGUCUUGCGUCGUUAGGGAUCGGUUGGGUUUUAAUUGAAUGCCCACAAUUUAUUAAUGGGACUAACCAGAAACUUACACUCACCUUUACCCCCAGGUUUACCGGAAUUUAUAAUUCGGCGUACGUGACUGUUUACAAUGAAUCUGAUUGGACGUAUACGGUUAAUACGCAGUUGGAACCCGGUUAUGCCAGAACGUUUAUGCCAUGCUUCGACGAGCCAAAAUAUAAAGCCCCACUAAAAUUAACCAUGCUAACUGACAUUUCCAGUGCCAACAUCGCAUCAUGGGUCAGCAACACCAAGGAAGUCUCCACGACAAACGAAAACAACAUAGUAACAACCGUAUUCGAAACCUCCCCAACCAUGUCCGCUCACAUGUUCGCAUUUAUGGCCAGUGAAAACUUUAAGAGUUUCUCGAACGCGGAUCUGAAUAACGGUUUCGAGUUUUCGGUGUUUACUAGACCGAGGGCAGAAAACUACAUUAGUGUAGCAACAACAAAUGGGCCAAUGCUGCUUGAUAUUAUGGGGAAUUUCACUGGGAUUCCUUAUGCUGACUUGGGCAUUAGCAAGCUGACUGUCGCUGGUGCUCCUGAGUUUAUUCCCACUGCUAGAGGAAGUUGGGGAUUGAUCACUGCUAGAGAGCAGCUUCUCAUAGAUGAAGGAACAGACCGAACUGCAGCGAGAGACAUCCAGACAAUAACCGAAAUCUUGGCCUACGGUAUCGGCCGUCAGUGGUUCGGUGACUACGUGACGGCCCAAUGGUGGUCGGAAACUUGGCUCAACGAAGGAUUCGGUAAAUUUUUCGAAUAUCAUUUGACACAGUUGUUAUCAUCUGACUACCAGAUGCUGCCGCAAUUCAUAGUGAAAGAACAGCAGAAAGUGAUGAAAAUCGAUGCCUAUCCGGAUACGUUGGCGUUGUCGAGUGAUGCUUCAAAUGUUACUACCAAUGCUGAUUUUGAUGCUUCUUACGGUGACGUGUCUUACUCGAAAGGCGCAACGAUUCUUAAGAUGUUGUUUUUGCAAUUUGGGACAGACGUGUUUCAAAAGGCUUUAAACACUUAUUUAAAUGAAAACAAAUACAGUACAGUUACCAGCGAAACUCUCCUUGACGCCUUCCAAAAAACCAUUGAAGACCAAUCUGUCGACUUAAAAACUGUCUAUAACUCCUGGAUUUAUGACAAAGGCUAUCCAGUACUAGAUGUCUCGUUGUCCAGUGACAACAAAGUUACUAUAAAGGCCUCCAAAUUCUCAUCAUCACUUAACAAAACUGGCGAAAACCUGACAUCAACGUGGUGGAUUCCUUUGACCUAUACAACCUCGGAAAAUCCGGACUUUGAUAGCAUAGUCUUCGACUGGACUGCUCCAGACAAAAUUUCCGACUUUAGUGUAACCCUUCCGGAUGCCGGAUGGAUUGUUGUUAAUCUACAAGCUGCUGGGUUCUACCGAGUGAAUUAUGAUGAAACUCUCUGGAAUAGAUUAAUUACUGUUUUAAAUAAUCCAACCACUUGGUCAACUAUAAACGUGCUGAAUAGGGCACAAUUGUUGGACGACGCCUUCAAUCUGGCAAGAUCAGUAGAUGGCACUGACGAGGAAAUCAAAGCGAACUACGCAAGAGCUUUUAAAUUGGCUGAAUAUUUGCAAUACGAGACCGAAUAUCCACCCUGGUAUACUUUCUUUACUGAAAUGCAAUAUUUGUAUGAGAGGUUACAGGAUGACGUUACUUCAGCAGCCCUUAAGAAAAAAAUCCUGGACAUAGUGACCCCUCAAGUAAUAAUACCAGACAGCAUCCAGGACGUAUCCCAUACAGAAAUCUUAAAAAGAAAUCUAAUUCUUCAAUGGGCAUGUAGGCUGGGCCACGAGCAAUGUAUCAGUUGGGCGCAAACAGAAUAUGCAGCUUUCCUAAAUGAGCCCCAGAGUAUUGACAGCAACUACAGGGACGUCAUUUUGUGCGCAAGUGUGGCGAACGUGAACGACAGCGAUGCCAAGAAUACCUUCCAAGUGAUAAGUUCACUAUUACAAGAAUCAAUUUUGCCCUUUGAACAAAAGGAUUAUGCAAAGGCGUUGACGUGUUUCAAGAAUGAACUGUGGUUAAACGAGAGUCUUGAGUUGACCAACAGGUGGAUAUUACCACUAUUCCCACGAGUUUUCUAUGACACCAUGCUGAAUGGUUUGAUAAGUGAUGGCAAAGACAAAAUAUCCACGGUUAUUAAAUAUGUCAGCCCAAGAGAUUUUGCCAUUGAUAGCUAUUGGUUAUACAGCCAGGGAGACCUUUUGAUAAAAACAGCGAAAAAGAUAUUUGUACAAGAGAACAUUGACUAUAUUCAAGCCUACAUAGACCUUAAUCGAAUAGUUAGUGGAAAACCCAUUGAGGCAGUCAAUAUUGCAAAGGAGAAUUUAAAAUGGGUUGAAAAAUAUGGCAGUAUUUUGACUUCUGUGAUUGUAUAAAAAAAGUCCAAAGAAACUUGUAUUGUUAAUUAAAUUUACCUUGAAGAUGUUAAUUUA